AUGGAAAAAAUAUGGCGUGCGGUAGUGUGCGUUGCUGUCUUGACGCAGCAGAUUGUAGCCGUCAGGUUCGAUGUCUGUGGAAGGCCAGCAGGCGUGGUUAUGGCAUCAAGAAGUGCUGCGCUCAUGUCUAAGUUAAUGGCAAUGUGUGGCAAGACGUUAAUCGUGAAGUAUUCUGCCAGUAAUGAGGCUUUAGCACGGGGCAUCGACAUUUAUUGUCUAGCCGCCAGGCUGUGCUACUCGUAUCAUGGGAACGGAACACUGCACCCAGGACCGGAACGAACGUUUGCAAGCAGAAUCCGGAAUUGCAUUGUGAAGUCUGUGACCGUGGGAGUAAGGUGGCAUCAGCACCUGCUGCCGAAUAAAUCGGUGGAAUCACUCGUGCAGGAGUUCAACAAAUGUGUACCUGACCGCAUGAUCCCAAAGAACGUCAAGCUCCUCACUUCUGCGAUGCGCUACGCCCGUACAUUACUAUGAAGAUGCGAAACUACAAUUAAAAAAAAAAAGAGAGA